AUGUUCCGCCAGUUACCUCAACUCAGAAUACUAUCCCUUGAGGUCGGAAAAAUUUCAUAUGCACCUGUGGUGGCGAAAGAGGGAAAAGCCGCACCUUCCGUGGGUCAUAAAAUAAUAAGGGUGGCUCCAAGUACCAACCAACAACCAAAAACAUUGGUUCCAAGUUCUAAUAAUCAGCAACCCACGUCAAAUAUUGCUAAUGGGGCAAAAGAACGAACUUCUAAGACAAAUAUUGCUAAAGGGGCAAAAGAACGAACUUCUAAGACUAAUGCUGCUUCUAUUGGCAUGAACAAAAUGGCUACGGAAGAUUCAAGGGCUACCUUGAUUUAUAUCGAAAACCGGCCUACGGACAUAGCAAAAGAUGAACUGGCGCAAGCAGUGAAAGUCUUCGGGGUAGCGAGGCCAUCUGGCAUUCAGAUCAGAACAUAUCGUGUCGAUGGAUUCUGUUACGGAUUUGUGGAAUUCGAAUCCGAAGCUUCAGCGAAAAGUGCAGUGGAGGCUCGCAAGCUCAGUAUUAGGGGUUUCGACGCCCGAAUUUCGUUAAAAAAAUAUGGCACCAUAGGAGGAACAGGUGGAGAGUUUCGGUCUAGAAACUUCAAAGGCCAAGAGAAAGGGGAGAUUCCUUCAAACAGGAGCUCUCGGGACGAUAAUGGUGGACGUGGUUAUGACGGACAAAACCAAGAAUUCAGUGAAAGGAAUAGUGGAAGCAGGGAUGGAAGUGCUUAUGGAGGAGAAGGGCAUCCCAAGAACAGCGGAAGGAAUGGAGGACAGCGGAAAAAUGGUCAGGUGGCUGCUAAAGCUUGA